GGGGAAAUGAUGAAUCGCCUGAUGCUCACUGUUUAUGUGUGAGCAAAACUGUUAAAUUGACAGACAGAGUGAUAGACCAACAGGCAAACACCAGCAUAAUGUUAGCUAAGGAAGAAAACAAAAAAAUGAUGUAAUGUUAACCUUGUGAGAGAGAGAGAGAGAGAGCUGACGAGCGAGUGAAGGAGAGAAAGGGAGGGUGGGAAUCAGAGACGUACCUCAGGUGGGGAUUGCAUAAUAGCAGCGCAGCGUAGCGUAGUGUUCAGCACACCACCCAGCCUCCGUGGGAUUACUGCCUCCUCCAUCACCACAGCAGCUGAGAGGACCCACACACACACACACACACACACACACACACACGACGCGACGGACACCCCCCAUCACCUCCACCCACGUUCCCUACUUUGGCGAUGGAGGACUGCAGGCUGACAGGCGAGCCGUCGAGGAAGCAUCAGAGCGGCCAGUGUGUCGCCAUGGCCACGGGCUGAGGAUGGGCAUCUGUGGUGGAGAGAAAGCGGAACCAGGCGUACGGACCUGAGCGGACCAGCUCCCCCCACCACCUACCCACCCCAUCCCCAGCCAGCACCACUACCGCUACCCCCAUCUCCAGCAAGUCAGCCAGCCAGCCAGCCAGCCACCACUUCCUGCCAGGGGCUGCCUGCUUUUGUCUCAGCGCGGGUGGGCAGAGAGGCACCAGGGGCUCUCCCCGUUACCAGCCGCUCCAGCGACAACAGACAGAGGAUACGGAGCCUGAAGCUUAGUGAGCGCAGCCCUGACCUCCUGUGGGGGGUAUGGGUACAGCAGAGGCCACCUUACGCAUGGAGAACAUGGAGGUCAAGGAUGAGUGGCAGGACGAGGACUUCCCCCGGCCUCUGCCUGAGGAUGGAGAAUCAUGUGGCCUGACAGACAACACAACCUACCAUGAUAGUCAUCAUGCUUUUGCAGCUCCCCCCGGCCCUCUUCAUGUUGGAGAGGACAUGGUGUCCUCGUCUCGCAGGAAACGACGGACUCUGAUCGCCCCGGAGAUGAACCUGUCCCUGGACCAGAGUGAAGGUUCUGUCUUGUCUGAUGACUUCCUGGAGACGCCUGACGACCUGGACAUCAACGUGGAUGACAUUGACACCCCGGAUGAGACGGACUCUUUGGAGUUUAUCACCAACAGCAACGAGCUGGAAUGGGAAGAUGACACCCCCGUGGCCUCGGCGAAGGGUCCCCCGGGCGACAGCGUGGGGCAGGGCGGAGAGGAGGCGAGCCGCCAGUGGAGGACGGUGAUCAUCGGGGAGCAGGAGCAGCGCAUUGACAUGCAGGCCAUCAGGCCGUACCUGCGCGUCGUCACCCAUGGAGGUUACUAUGGCGAAGGCCUGAACGCUAUCAUCGUGUUUGCAGCUUGCCAGCUCCCUGAUAGCAGCUGUACGGAUUAUCACUACAUCAUGGAGAACCUCUUCCUGUAUGUUGUCAGCAGCCUGGAGAUGUUGGUGGCAGAGGACUACAUGAUUAUCUACCUGAACGGAGCCACUCCUCGGAGGAAGAUGCCUGGCAUCAACUGGCUGAAGAGGUGUUACCAGAUGAUUGACAGGAGGUUGCGGAAGAAUCUGAAGUGUCUGAUUAUCGCCCACCCCUCCUGGUUCAUCCGGACUGUUCUGGCCAUCUCAAGGCCUUUCAUCAGUGUGAAGUUCAUGGAAAAGAUCCGUUACGUGCAGAGCCUGGAGGAGCUCGCGCAGAUGGUGCCCAUGGACCACGUGCAAAUCCCGGAGUGUGUGCUGCAGUACGACGAGGAGAGAAUGAAGGACCAGAGAGAAAGGUAAAUAUAAACACUAGUUCAUCC